GAUACGUCUGUUUUAUCAACGCGGUAGUGUUUGUAGACACAACACAAGGCCACGCCAUAUUGAAUUGAAUCAGUCGUCUGUUAAUUUCGAUGCGGAGUGAAGUGCGGCCGAUUUUCGUGUUUUGAGUGCUGGGGGGCCGAUGAGGCCGCCGGGGACGUGCCAGUGCCGGGCCGAAGAGUGCAAGUGAUAAGAUAAUCGAUUUGACGACGCGAUACAUUUUCGGUGCACCGAUAAUUGAGCCGAGGUGCGCUGGGAUCGCGCCGUGUCAUGUUCUGAGAGGUUAGGGGGCUCAUGGAGAAGAUGGACGUUGAUGAAGCUGUCGUCGAUCUGAGUAUUAGUUCAAACCGAUCAGUUUCACCAGCCCCACAACAACAGCAGCAGCAGCAGCAACAACAACAACAACAACAACAACAACAACAACCAAUGGGCAUUGUGUCGACAAAUAGCGCCCAGUCGAUGGUCUAUUCGAGACGAGUGCUUCGCCCCCGCACUGAACCAAGAAGUUACGUUGAGAGUCCCGACGUGCUCAUUAAUGGCACUCUAGAUAAACCGCGGACGAACGGAAACGCGGAUUAUAGCAGCGAUUCGAGCGAAGGAGAAAUGCCCCCGUUAGCGCCCAUCAAGGAGCUCAGCCCCUCGGAGCUGAAGCAGAGAGACAGAGGGCUGAGACGACUCCGCGAAGAUCUCCGCGCCGAAGAGAUGAAGUUGGUGCUGUUAAAAAAAUUGAAACAAUCGCAACAGCUGAAGGAGAACGUGGCGGUGUUGCCUCCGAGCAUACCUCAGUCGGCGUUGCCGCCGACCGGUCUUCCAAGCGGUCUCAGCAUCACACCGACUACAGUCAAAGUACCAUCGAACAAGAACCAACCACCGCAAUCGCUCCAUUCCCGACAUCCGAAUUCGCACAAGACUGGACAAGGAAGUGUGCCCUCACUUCUGCGUGGACAACCGCCCCCAGCCCGUUCAAGUAUCCACGCGCCGCCUCUGGCCGGCUCACCUCUAAGUAGCCGAGGCGCGAAUCUAUCCGUACCUCAACCGCCACAAAGGAGUUCUUUAGGUCGACCUUCUUCGGGUUUUCCUCCAGGCGUUAAGGAUCUCUCGCCUUCCGUUACAAUCACACCCGCACCACCCCAACCGUCUAAGACUGCUAGUGGAUUAGAUAGUAAAGGAUUGGGUACGAGCGUACAAACAACGCCUUUGGGCGAGCCGCAGGACCGAUCGAGGGACGAUGGACAGACACCGGCGCAAAGACAAGCAGCGGCGAAGUUGGCCCUACGAAAACAAUUGGAAAAGACGCUUCUACAGAUUCCUCCGCCCAAGCCGCCUCCGCCUGAAAUGCAUUUCAUUCCUAAUCCUAGCAACACCGAAUUUAUAUAUCUGGUAGGCUUAGAACACGUCGUUGAUUUUCUGACGAAAGAGACACGAAUGCCAUUGCCGCCAAUGCCGUUUUCGUGUAGUCAAUGCAAUUCUGAUUUUACUCCGGUUUGGAAAUGGGAAACUAAAGGCAAAAAUCGAGGGUUAAAGGUCAUUUGUGAGCAAUGUGUAACCAAUAACGUGAAAAAAGCGCUGAAGGCCGAGCAUACGAACCGACUGAAGACGGCGUUUGUGAAAGCUCUUCAACAGGAGCAGGAAAUCGAGCAGAGGCUUGCUCAAAAUGGGGUCUUCACUUCGAGUAGUCCGGCCCCAUCGCCGGUGACUCCAGAAGCUGUUCCGAAAUCGGCGACUCCGACUCCUACACCCCGACAUGCGGCCACACCGCCAGCUCCUUCCGCUCAACAAACACCUCCACCCUCCAGGAGUUCACAUUCGUCGUCGGAUAAGUUCUCGCAAAAUGCAGCAAUGCAAGCGCUACAACAGCAGCUUCUCAGAAGUUUGACGGCCGGUGCUCCGCCGGCGCAUAUGUUGCCGUUUUCGCCACUGUUCUACCCUUACCAGAUGGCCAUAGCACAGGCGGCCGCCAGCGGCAAAGGGGGCACGCCGAACAUGGCUGAGCUGCAGCGGGCCGCCGAGCUGCAACGACAGUACCUCCUCGACAUGAUCCCUCCAGGUCCGGGUCAGCGUCACAAUUGGAAAACAUGAUGUGUCAGUGAUAAGAUUUAGAUAAUGACGUUCUAAAAAAGUGAUUGAGACUAUGUUUAAAAAGCCAUCGAGGCUAUCAUCCGCGAGGAUUUAAAUGUCUGAUGUGCCCUUUUAUUCCAGAAGUAAAAAUCGCUAUUUAUUAUUUAACAGUUUGAGUGGAAAUUUAGUCAAUUAUCGCAAGACUGAUUCUAGUACCUAUUGUAUUACCGACACUGGAGGUUAUUGAAAAAAUAGAGAAAUUAACUCACUAAACGAACGGAGAUCUCAGGAUUGACAUACUUACACUAAGUUUAAACGGUUUAUUUCCUUAACGUUACGUUUUCGGAUUUUUUUACUUCUGGAAUGUGUUUUUAUUUAUUACGAGAUGUUCUCGAGACAGUGAAGACCAUGUAAAUAAGCUUUGGCGAAAUUUUUUAGUUGUAGAAAUUACGGUUGACAAUGCUAAAGCAGAGAUGUGUAAGGUUGUUUGUAAUCGUGUGAUUGAAUUAAUUUUUCACCGGAUUUAAAGCAUUCAACGUUUACAAUGCACGAUUAGUUGAAUUUUUUUCGAGGCAUUUAUUUUUAAAGUGAAUGCUUGAAUGCCGAAUCCUUAAUUAUAACAAGUUUGUAAAUAGGUGUUUUUACAAUUGUAUAAUAGUUAAUCAAUAGGAAUAUUGAUGCAUAUUAUGCUCAUUAAUCUUGAUGUUGACAUUUAUUAUGAGGUGUUUUCUAUUAUAACAGAAACAGUGUUUUUUAAAACAACUAGCUGAAAAAAUGUACUUUCUGUAAGAAAAGAAAAUAUUUAUUUCAGAUGUAAUCAUAAAAGUGGUAUUUUCGAGGCACCUUAAAUUAUUCAAUGCAGCUAAAGGAAUGGAAACUGAGGGGUGAAGAGUAGUUUUUUUAAUGGAUUUCACUGUACUGUGUUCAUUUUUAAUACUGUAUUUUUUUCCAUUAGAAUUGUGUAUAUUGUAGCGAUACGAGGGUGCUAUAACAGAAAUUUCGAUUUCUGAUAAUUUAAAUGAAUUUUUAUUGUAUUAAUGGGGUGUGUUUGAAUUAACAUAAUUUUGUUUCUGCAUAUUUUUUGUCACAAAACUAUGAAGCUCAAUGAAAUUAUUUUCUAAUUUAAAAAAUAUCAGUAAGACUUAUUUAUAGCACAAUUAUGCCAGUAAAAAUAUGUAAAUGCAUUUCAAAUAUUUGCAGUGUGAAAAAUCGUCUACAUAAUAAAAUCAACUUCUCAGUCUUACUUGUAUUACUAGUGUUAUUGUAGGUAGUGCUUGCAAAUUUUUCCAUCUAAAAUAUAGUCAGUCAUUGUCGGUAAUAAAUCGGCUGUGGAAUUAUUUUUUGAUUCUUUCAUUAUUUUCUGUUUUAAAACAACAGUAUCACACACACGCUGAACAGGUUUUUAGGAAGAUUUAUAAACUAAAGUUUGUAAAUGACAGUUUUUGAAAACUAAAUGCCUCUUCAGUACUUACGUUAAUAUGUUGCCUCAAAGUUUUCAACUAUUCUAUUUUGUAAGUUGUGUAUAAUUAUUUCAACAUGUUUUUAAAUAAAUUGACUCAUAAGUUA